AUGGCUCCCACAAUGGUCUCAGAAGACCGGCUGACGUCUGGUCACCGGAUGUCGCACCCACCGCCCGGAGACGAAGUCUUCAUCACCGGUAUAUCUGGAUACUUUCCCGAUUCCGAUUCUAUUAUACACUUACAAGAAAAUUUGUAUAAAAAGGUGGAUCUCGUAUCAGGGGACGAUCGUCGCUGGAAGCUGUCUCACCCUGAGAUCCCGCAGCGUACCGGCAAAAUCAACCAUAUCGAGAAAUUUGACGCCUCCUUUUUUGGGGUGCACUUCAAGGAGACGCACACCAUAGAUCCUAUGUGUAGAAUCCUUAUGGAGAAAACAUACGAAGCUGUCAUUGACGCUGGUAUGAAUCCACAAGAACUGCGCAACACUAAGACUGGCGUUUUCAUUGGCUCUUGCUUCUCGGAAUCCGAGAACACAUGGUGGUACGAAAAAAUGCAGGUCAAUGAGUUCGGUAUCGCUGGCUGCUCGCGAGCCAUGCUAGCAAACCGAAUUUCCAACUGGCUUGGAGUUACCGGACCUUCCUAUACUAUAGACUCGGGAUGCUCAAGUUCCCUCUACACGUUUGAACACGCGUUCAAAGCUAUUCGUGAUGGCCAUUGUGAUGCAGCAAUUGUCGGAGGAUCGAAUUUGUGCCUCCAUCCUUACGUGUCUAUGCACUUCUUCAGAUUAGGCGCACUAUCACCUGAUGGAAUAUGCAACAGUUUCGACAAUUCUGCAAAUGGGUACGCCCGUUCUGAAGCAGUUGUCGUUUGUUUUUUGCAGAAGGCUAAAGAUUCAAGAAGAGUCUAUGCCCAAGUUGUUCACGCAAAGACUAACUGUGACGGGUAUAAAGAGCAAGGUAUCUCCUACCCUUCUGGUGACAUGCAGAGGGUACUGAUCAGUGAAUUUUAUGAGGAAUGUUCUAUUCAACCCAGCGCCCUAGAAUAUUUAGAAGCACAUGGAACAGGUACGAAAGUAGGAGACCCCGUCGAGCUGAACGUUAUUGGGGACAUCUUCUGUACUGGCAGAUCGGAUCCUCUUAUGAUCGGAUCUGUUAAGUCUAAUUUGGGACAUAGUGAACCGGCGUCUGGUCUUUGUUCUAUUGCAAAGCUCUGCAUCGCAUAUACAACGGGUUACAUUCCUCCAAAUAUUAAUUACAAAGUUCCAAAAGAAGGGGUACCAGCCCUCAAGGACGGAAGACUCAAGGUGGUAACGGAGAAGCAGCCCUGGGGUCGUGGAAUGACAGGUGUCAACAGCUUCGGCUUUGGGGGUGCCAACGCUCACAUCUUGCUCAAGAAUGUCGCGAGAUCGAAGGUUAACAAUGGAAUACCCUCUGAUGAGUUACCGAGAUUGGUCUGCGUGUCAGGUCGCACUGAAUCGGCUGUGGCUAAGAUUUUAGAUGACCUUGAAGCGAAGACUGUUGACGUUGAACUCGUUAGACUUUUACAUGCUAUACAUGAUGAUGACAUCAAAGGCCAUGCGACUAGAGGAUACACUUUAUUGGGUUCGACACCUACAAAGACCGUGGCACUAGCUCGGAAUAUCCAACACUUCUACGGUGCCCGUCGCCCAGUGUGUUUUGUAUACUCUGGUAUGGGUUCUAAUUGGACAGAAAUAGCGUCUCAGCUCAUGAGGGUACCUGUAUUCGCGGCUACUAUUGACAAGUGCCAGAAGGCUUUAUCGCCAAGUGGUAUUAACUUGACGAAGCUUAUAAUGCAUCCCGACACAAAGACAAACGACAACAUCGUCAACUCCUUCGUCGGUAUCGCCGCUGUUCAGAUCGGUCUCACAGAUGUCCUCAAAGCUGUUGGAAUUGAACCCGACUUCAUUAUUGGUCACGGUCUAGGUGAAUUAGGAUGCGCUUACGCAGAUGGCUGUUUGACAGCGGAACAAGUGAUUCUCUCUGUAUAUUAUGUAGGUCUAGCUUCUAUCGAGACUCCAUACAUUAAGGGAUCGAUGGCUGUUGUGGGUCUUGGAUAUAAUCAUGUUAAUUUAUUACUUCCACUUGAACUCGAAGUCGCCUGCCAAAAUGGACCUAACUCCAGUACAAUUACUGGACCAGCAAAUAUAAUGAGAACGUUUGUCGCCAAACUGGUUGCGCAAGGAAUCUAUGCUGAAGAUAUAACCUGCUAUAAUAUCGCCUACCAUUCGCGAUACAUCGCUGAAGUUGGACCAAGGCUUCUUAAAUAUUUGAAGCAAGUAAUUCCAGCACCAAAACAACGUUCGGUGCGCUGGUUUUCCACUUCUAUACAACAGGCCUCGUGGAAAGAUCACAAGGCUGAGAUGUCUUCACCUGAAUACCACACUAACAAUUUCUUGAGUCCAGUGCUCUUCGAGACGACGGCUCGUUUAAUCCCUGAAAACGCUAUCGCAAUAGAGAUAGCUCCACAUGGCCUCCUACAGAAAAUUUUGUCUGGAUUCCUUAAGAAGGAUAUCAUCAACAUUUCUCUUACUGAGAGUAACCAGGACAACGUAAAGGUCCUCUUCACGGCUUUAGGCGAAUUGUACAAAGCUGGUUUGAAUCCGCAUCUAGCAAACGUUUACCCGACUAUAAAUUUUCCCGUAUCGCAAGGAACUCCAAUGCUUUCACACCUCGUAGAAUGGGAUCAUAUCGAGGACUGGUACUUCACAUCAUACGGAACCCAAACUAAAAUGAAAUCUGGUGAGAGAACGGUGAAAAUGUCUAUUAAUGAUGAAAAUUACGAUUACAUGGUCGGGCACGUCAUUGACGGUCGUAAUUUGUACCCUGCAACCGGCUAUUUAUUGAUGGUGUGGGAGAGUCUUGCUAUGAUGAUGGGAAAGCUGUUUACAGAAGUAUCCGUGGUGUUCGAGAACGUUCGAUUCCAAAGAGCUACUAAUAUCCCCAAAGGUGGGAAGUUAGAGUUCAUUGUUGCGAUCCAGAGAGGGAGUGGACAAUUCGAGGUUGUUGAAAGUGGAGCAUCCAUUGUGACUGGACGUAUAUACGCCGAGAAGAAUAUUGGACAAGAAAAUUGUUCGCUCCCAGUUGAAUCUGAUUCCUCUGGGUCCAAUGAUAAUCAUCUGCUUACAAAGGACUUCUACAAGGAGUUACGUCUAAGAGGCUACCAGUACAGUGGCCUCUUCCGAGGCGUACUUGGAUGUAAUGUGGAGGGUACCCGUGGCCGCUUGGCUUGGGUCGAAAACUGGGUCACCUUCAUGGACUGCAUGCUGCAGAUGAAGAUAAUCGGUGAAGACACCAGAGGACUCUUCGUGCCCACGAGGAUUGAGAAGCUAAGCAUAGAUGUAAAUAUGCAUUAUGACGCUUUAUCCAAAAUGAACGCAGAUCCUACGAAAAAGUCGUUGGAGAUAAGAGUGUAUCCAUAUCUUGAUAGUAUUAGUGCUGGUGGUGUGAAAAUUCGAGGUUUACACGCGACACCAAUUUCAAGAAGGAUUCCUCUUGGUGUUCCAGUUUUAGAAAAGAACGUAUUCAUUCCGAAUUAUGGAAAGUCUAAAAUGAAGAUUGAAGACAUUCUCAGAAGCAAUGUUCAGCUUGUACUCGAAAACAUACAAAUUUAUAAAGUGAAAAGUAUUGAAAUUGUUGAUGAUCAAUAUAAAACUAACGGGCUAGAACCAAUUUUAGAUAAAGUAGCAGACGUAUUAGGUGAUCUACCUCUAGUGCAAGCUGAUUUGACUAUUAUUUCUGAGGAUCCAAUUGAAAUGCCAUCAAACAUUUCUGUGGAAAAUAAAAAAUUGAUUGGAGAAAACAAUACACUUAUAAUCAUUGGUGCUAAUCUACUUCAGAGACCUGAAAUACUUAGAAAUGCGUUAACAGCUCUUCGCGACAAAGGAUUUAUAAUGAGCCGAGAGACAAAACCCGUUAAUCCAAAAGAUUUUUCUGAUAAAUACGACAUUAUUACCAUAUACAAUACUGGAUUCGAAUACAUAGUCCUCUUCCGAAAGCGACUUGGUGCAAAACUGGCUAAAUUCGUCAAAAUUGACUCGGCUGAUCAGACGUAUGCUUGGAUAGAUAAAAUUAAGGAAGAACUAGAAGUAGGACAAAAAGUGGUUGUAUAUAGUCAAAAUGAUUGCAUGAAUGGACUAUUAGGUCUCAUUAACUGCCUGAGAAAGGAACCUAGUGGAGUUAUAGUCUAUGGUCUAUUAAUUUCCGAUCCGUCGGCACCGCCAUUCAAUCCAGAUUUAGAAUUUUAUGAAAAGCAGUUGGAUAAGGAUUUGGCUAUAAAUGUUUACCAGGAAGGACAAUGGGGAACGUAUCGUCACUUACUUCUGGGUGAUUUGGAUACGGUCCAGUCACACCAUGCCUUCGUGAACACAGUCACUAUUGGAGACCUGUCUUCACUGAGUUGGCUGGAGGGACCGAUCAGAGAGAAUCCAGUGAUUACGAACCCAGAUAAUAUAUUAAUAAAUGUAUACAGCGCAGCUUUAAAUUUCCGCGAUGUGAUGACGGCUAUGGGACGUGUGUCGGUCGACGCCGUCGCGAAAGGUAGACUUGCCCAAGAGUGCGUGCAAGGGUUCGAGGUCGUUGGCAGAACUUGCAACGGUACCAGAGUUAUGGCCAUGGUGAGGAACUCCGGUAUGUCUAACAUGGUGAUAGCAGAUAGGGAGCUUUUAUGGGGAUUCCCUGACGAAUGGACUUUCGAAGAGGCUGCAAGUGUGCCUGUCGCAUAUGGAACUGUAUACUAUGCUUUAAUAAUGGUUGGCAAAAUGCAAAGAGGAGAAUCAAUAUUAAUCCAUGCCGGUUCUGGAGGUGUUGGUCAAGCUGCUAUCAACGUUGCUCUUCGUUAUGGAUGCGAAGUAUUCACUACUGUUGGUACUCCGGAGAAACGAGCCUUUAUCAAGAGACUUUUCCCUCAACUUAAAGAUAGUCAUAUCGGUAAUUCUCGUGACACGUCCUUUGAAGACAUGAUCAGGAAAGAAACGAAUGGAAAGGGAGUUGAUGUGGUCCUUAAUUCACUUGCCGAUGAGAAAUUACAGGCUUCCGUUCGUUGUCUCGGCUACCGCGGGCGCUUCCUAGAAAUCGGAAAGUUUGACAUCUUCAACAAUACGCUUAUUGGAAUGUACUUUUUCUUCAAUGAGAUAUCCUUUCACGGAAUAAUGUUGGACUCCGUUUUUGACCAAAGCCACGAGUUUAGAAAGACUCUUCAAGAUCUACUGUUAUGUGGUAUCGAAAGCGGUGCUGUCCGUCCGCUUACACACUGCACUUUCGAGAAGAAUCAAAUCGAGAGCGCCUUUAGAUACAUGGCCGCUGGAAAACAUAUUGGAAAAGUGAUUGUUAAAAUUCGUGAUGAAGAACGAAACAGUAAUCUAACAAAAUCGAAGAGUAUACGAAUGGAAGCUGUCCCUAGAUAUACUUGUGAAGAAGAGUUAGUGUACAUUGUGGUGGGCGGUCUCGGAGGUUUCGGUUUGGAACUAGCAGACUGGCUUAUCAUGAGGGGAGCCAGAAGGGUGCUACUUACCUCAAGGCGAGGAAUCAGUAAUGGUUACCAAUUAUCACGUUUGAGAGCUUGGGCGGGUUAUGGAGCUGAUGUAAAAAUUUCAACACAUGAUGUAACAACGGAGGAAGGAUGUGAACAAAUGUUGAAGAUGGCGAACGGUAUGGGAGCAGUCGAGGCGAUAUUCAACUUGGCAGUGAUAUUGAAAGAUUGCCUCUUCGAGAAUCAGACUCCUGAUUCGUUUAGGAUAUCUUUCGCCCCGAAAGCACUGGCUACGAUGAAUUUGGACAAUAUAUCACAAAAAAUGUGCCCAAAAUUGAAGGACUUUGUGAUAUUCUCAUCUGUAUCUUGCGGUCGCGGAAAUAUCGGCCAGACUAACUACGGCUUUUCUAACUCCGUUAUGGAGAGGAUAUGCGAACAGAGAAAAGAGCUCGGCCUGCCCGCGCUUGCCGUACAAUGGGGUGCCGUCGGUGACGUCGGUCUCGUAGCAGAUAUGCAAGAUGAAGACGUCCAAUUGGAAAUCGGUGGAACUUUACAGCAAAGGAUUUCCUCCUGUCUGCUGUCUCUCGACAAAUUCUUGAAACAGGAUGCCGUUAUAGUGUCCUCUAUAGUGGUAGCCGAAAAGAAGGCUGGGGAUUCUGGGUGUGGAAGCAUUGUGGAUGCGGUUGCUCAGAUUGUUGGUGUUAUGGAUCUGAAGAGAGUUUCUCAUCAAGUGCCUCUGGCGGAACUGGGUAUGGACAGUAUGAUGGCGGUUGAGAUCAAACAGACCUUAGAGCGAGAAUAUGAAAUAUUCUUAACAGCACCAGAUAUCAGAACCUUAACAUUUGCGAGAUUGGUAGAAAUAUCAGCUCAAAAAGACGCAACAUUACCAAUAUCAGAGUCCGUACAACAUUCCGCUCCAGCUGAAGGAAGUGGUCUUCAACUCCUUAUGAGGAACUAUGGUGAUGAAAUCACAGCAUCUGAACCUUUCAUAUACAUGCCCUCUUUAGUUAGUGAUGGCCAUGCGACUGACGUAGCAGGUUACGAAACGGAGUUGAUAAUGUUCAUGCUGCCCGGUAUAGAAGGUUUUGCUGAGGCUAUGGCGACCUUAUGUCGUAGGCUUAAAAUUAAGAUUUGCGUCCUGCAGUUCGCCAAUAAUGAGGAGAAAUGGGAUACCCUGGACUCUUUAGUCAAUAGGUUACACAAGAUAGUAAAAUCAAGAUUAGUUCCUGGAACUCCAUACAUACUCCUUGGGUACAGUUUCGGUACCUUACCCGUGUUGAAAUUGGCGAGCCUAUUGGAAAGCGAAGAUCACAGAGGUACGAUAUUCUGCUUAGACGGCAGUCCCGAUUACCUCUACGCGACACUUACAAAUACAAUGACUGUCAAAAGUGAUACUCAGUUACAGAACAGUCUGAUUUGUAAAAUCAUUAAUAUGGUCGCCGCGAAGAAUGAAGUCAGCAGAACACUCAUGGAGAAACUCGAGGAGAUCGAAUCAUACGAAGAGAGAAUAAAAUAUGCUUUAAAAUUAAUUCCUGGACAAAAUAAAUAUUCAGAUAAAUUUAUAGAAUCUAUUGUCAAGGCAUGUUUUGAUCGUUUCAAGAUGAUCCUCAAUCAACACGAAUUAAAGAAAGUUAAAGCUCCUAUAAUUUUAUUGCGUCCCAAGAAAAAUCCACCAUACUUGCAGAUCGAGGAGAAUUAUGGUCUAAACAAACUGACCGAUGGUCCAGUGAUGGUACACCUCGUCAACGGUGACCAUAUAAGUAUAAUUGAGAAUAAGGAUUGUGCGAAUAUUAUCAAUAGAGUUUUAGCUAAACAAGAUAAUACGAACACGGUCACGAAUAUUAUAACAAGAAUGGUCGAAUAA